AAAAAUUUCUUUCAAGACUUGACGUGUGUGAAAGGAGACUUUCAUUUCUUUCUGUUUUGACAUUCGUUUCUCAAGCAACAUGGCAGGGUUAUAUUUGCUCUGCUGUAUUACCUGAAUCAGCCGUGUACGUAGUUUGACCAUGGAAGGUCCCUAUAAGUGAACAAGCGCUUUUAUUUUAAUGUUAUUUGUCCAUAAUAAAAACUCUGGCAAGCCUGAUGGUAAUAUGGGGUAUUAGAAAGAGCCAGCAGAGGAGAUAAGCUAUAUGAUGCAAUUCAGCACGUGAUUUCCCAUAUUCAGCACAAGCACGAAGUCGGAUACGAACAACCAAUUUUCGCAUUUGUCUCUUCCGGCCAUUACAGCAGUCAGUACGGCUCGCCACGAGUCUGCAAAUUUGUGUUAAUUCUCAAAAAAAUAGAUUUCAAAAGUUGCAAUAUUUUAAAAUUUACAUUAAAAGUAAUCCAGUGUACGCCCGCUAUACAGCUAAUAUAAAUAUAUAAAAUGGCUGACAAGAACAACGACGUCGAGAUGAACGGUGAGGAUUUUUCAAAAGACGUCACCACGAAUGAUGAUGGUACCGGCACCAAUGGUACAAAUGGUAACGGCGAGGGUCAGUCAAAUGCUCGGGAUGAUGAUAGAAAACUUUUUGUCGGUGGUCUUAGCUGGGAGACAUCUGAGAAGGAACUGCGUGAACAUUUUGGAAAAUACGGCGAGAUUGAGAGCAUAAACGUAAAGACAGAUCCGCAAACUGGCCGUUCUCGUGGCUUUGCUUUCAUUGUAUUCACCAGUACUGAAGCUAUCGACAAGGUGCACGCUGCUGGUGAGCACGUCAUCAACAAUAAAAAGGUUGAUCCUAAAAAGGCCAAAGCGCGUCAUGGAAAAAUCUUUGUCGGCGGUCUAACCAAUGAAAUCAGCGAUGAUGAGAUCAAAACAUACUUCAGCCAAUUCGGAAAUAUUGUUGAUGUUGAAUUGCCCUUCGAUAAGCAAAAGUCGCAGCGUAAAGGUUUCUGUUUCAUCACAUUCGACUCUGAACAGGUCGUAAAUGAAUUGUUGAAGACGCCUAAGCAGAAAAUUUCUGGCAAGGAAGUAGAUGUCAAGCGUGCGACACCCAAACCCGAAAACCAAAUGAUGGCUAUGCGUGGUGGUGGUCGCGGUGGUAUGCGUGGUGGACGCGGCGGCUUUGGACGUGGUGGAUAUCCACAAUGGCCUGGUCAAGGCGGUUAUGCCCCAUAUGGCGGUUAUGCUGGUGGUUAUGAUCCUGGAUAUGGAGACUACUACAGCGGUGGCUAUUACAAUGGCUACGACUAUGGAUACGAUUACGGAUACGGAGGUGGUUAUGAUGGCGGCUACGGUGGUGGCAGCGGCGGCGGUGGCCGAGGUGCCGGUGGUCCACGCGGCGGUCCAAAAGGUGCCGGCGGCUUUCCUUCGGGCAAGCAAAGGGGGACAGGACGCCAGCCCAGACAUCAACCAUACUAAUCAUUUUCAUUGCAAUAAGUUGAUAGUAAUAGACAGACGCCGGUAUAUAAAGAGAAUACAACACAAACUGAACAGUUAGUCAGCAAUUAAAUUAAGUUUUUAUUAAUCGCUUGGAAAUUUAUGAAAUAAAUCCAGUACCAGAUUAGUUGCGCGUAAUACUUCAUGUGGCACACGCACGCACCAGCACUACAUUUCGUCAUCCGCAUUUAGAUUACAGUUAGGGGAUAAAAUAUUAUUUUGAAUUUUUUAUCCAUGAUCCGAAUAAAUCAUUGCAGCAAAAUCAACAACACAACAAAACAAACAGCCAUUCAUUCCGCAAAAAAAAAAAAAAUCAUUAGAAAUAAUUUGAACAUUAUCAGUAACGGUCUUACCAUACAUAUUUUAGUGUGCGUGUGCAUUGACGAAAAGAAACAACCGGCUUUAUAAUUAAUAACACACCAGAAGUGCAAGCAAAAAAGUCUACAAAAUCCAGCGUUGCAUGAAUUGCAACUUGUCAACUUAAAAACAAUCCAACAAUCAAUAGUUUAUUAGCACUUACUUUUCAUUAGUUUUAUAUUGUCAUAAUUACUCUUAAUCUUAUGUUACCUAAUACACUUACUUUAAAAUGGUAAUUUUUAUGCUCUAAGUAGUAGGUUUGAUAUGUUAUCAGUUAGCAGGUUAGCAGUUUGUAAUCAUACAUUUCAGCGCCACUUUGAAACGCUAUCUACCUUAUACCAAUCAAUAUUUCCUUAAAUGUGCGCAUAACAUGGCUAACAUUCACGGACGUGCAUACAUUCAUGUGUAUGAAUGUGUGUUAGGUGUAUGGUUGCAACUUCACAUCAUCUACAUCCACAAUUGUCACUCAAUUCGUAAUAAAGCUGUCAUAUUACGUUACUGACAGUGUUUACUUUUUUUUGCUAGCAUACAUAUUGUGCGUUAUGUACCAAUUUUUUAUACUUAUCUAUACUUAUAUUGAUAUCUAAAAGUAAGCGUAUAACUAAAAAUGGCAGAUAAACGAAAGAGAAGAAACAAAAUAAGUUUACCAAGUUAAAUAUGCUUAAAACACGAGUACUAUGGAGUGACAGAGCGUAGUGAGAGAGACUGUAGCAUCAAGUAAUAAGACGAAUUAAAUCAGCAAUUGUAUUAACUGGAAUAACAAGAGAAAAUAAAACAUCAAACAAAAACAAAUCCACCAAAUUAUUAGACACUUACCGAAUUCAACUAAAGACAAAAUAUGUAUAAUGCAAUACAUAUACAUAGAAAACAAUACAUACAUAUAUAUAUUUAUUCUCAUAGUAUAUGUAUAUACAUACAAUUAAAUAUAUUAUAGAAUGCAGAACUAAAAACAGAAAAAGGAUUUAUAUUUUAAUAAUGAUCUAAAAUGAUAACAAAGAGAACGCAAGGAUGUUAUGACGGCAUUGUGGUGGCAGCAAGUAAAGAACAGCCUUGAAAAUCGGAUGUGACACAAAAGUAGUCUUUUAUAAUAAAUAAAACGAAACGCCGACCACAAUAUUUUAUAAUUUUGAUGUUUUUUUUUUAAUUCAGCGGGACAUCAAUGAUGUAAUACAUAUGUAUGUGUCCUUCCUGCUAAUUUCCGAAAAAAUAUGUUUACGGGAAAAGGUAAAUAUCAAUAUCUUUAAAGAGCCAAAUUGUUGACAGAAAAAUAAACUUCGAUAGCUAUGGCUCGUGGUCCGGCGGUUCAGACUAUAAGAGCAAGAUACCGGCAUUACACUCUAACCACUCUAUUCUCAACGUUAAUAUGCCCACAAAAAUUUUACAUAGUCGUACAGCAACGCUUGCAUGAGGGAGGUUGUUUGAAAAAAUUUGCUUGCAAAAAAUGGAAAACGAAAGUGUUGCAAUCUAAAUGCAGCGUCAAAAGCAGAACCCAAAAUCUCCAAAUAUGAAUACAUGAUGUACAUACUAUGUACGUGUAAUUUAUGCACGCAAGUAUUCUACUUAUGUACGGACUAGGUAUGGACGUGACUUGUUAGAUUGCUAACAUUAUAAUAAUAAUGUUUAUUCAUAGUUCUACAUGUAUGUACUGUAUUUUAUUCGCAGAAAAAAAAACAACAAACAAAGCAAACAAAACUAAAUGUAUGAUUAAAUUUAAUUAUGAUACAGGAAGAGCAAAUCACUAAUUGCAACAUGAAUGAAAAUCUUAAAUAAAAAACUAUUAUAAACAAAAACUCAAUGUACAAAUUAA